CACUUCUGAUCGGAGGCUCAGCAGCGCAGGGUAGCCUUUUCAGAGGAGCGAGAAGAGGAGUGGAGAGGACGAGUGCGCGAGAGAGGGUGUCCCAUCCGUCACACUAGCUGGAUGAAUCCACACUCCAAAACGUAUGGCUGCUUGAGAAAAUAACGCUAUUUUCCCCUUCUCUCUUUCUCUGGGACCUUUGGCUACCAGUUCUCUCCUAAUCAGAAGUUGUCACAAGUAUUUUUUCAGUUGCUCUUAAAAAGUUAACCCACUUUUGUCGUGGACGUUACUGGCGACCAUGGAUACACAUAUAAGAUGGAAAGUAAAACGGAGGAUAAAGGACUCGCAAAUCACUUUAGCGAUACUUCUACUUUUUGUCACAUCACAAGCCAGUUCAGUGGAGCCAGCGGACCUCUUGAAGAUUUUAGAUUUCCCCAGUUUACCUGAAGGCGUUACGAAAACCACAGGUUUCUGUGCGCAUAGAAAGUCAACAAAAGGAGCCGAUGUAGCCUACAGAGUAUCCAAAGAAGCCCAGCUCAGCGCCCCCACCAAACAGCUGUACCCUGCUGAUGUGUUUCCAGAGGACUUCUCCAUCCUGGCUACAGUGAAGCCUAAGAAGGGCUCCCAGUCCUUCCUGCUGUCUGUGUAUAACGAGCAGGGUAUCCAGCAGCUUGGGGUGGAGGUGGGACGCUCUCCUGUCUUCCUGUAUGAGGACCACAUGGGUAAACCCAGCCCUGAGGACUACCCCCUCUUCAGAGGUCUCAAUCUGGCCGAUGGAAAGUGGCACAGAGUGGCCAUCAGUGUUCACAAACAGAGCAUCACCAUCAUCCUGGACUGUAAAAAGAAGACCACGCAGAAACUGUCCAGGAGUCCACACCCCAUCAUCGACACCAAAGGAAUUGUGGUCUUCGGAACUAGAAUACUUGAUGAAGAAGUCUUUGAGGGAGACAUCCAGCAGCUGUUGAUUGUGGCGGACCACCGUGCUGCCUAUGACUACUGUGAACACUACAGCCCCGACUGUGAGGUUCCUGUCCCAGAGCAGCCCCAGGCCCAGGACCCCAACACAGACGAAUAUAACACAGAGGAGGACAGCUAUUACUAUGAGUAUCCUUACUAUGAGGACAUGGAUGGGAAACCUUCCGAGUCCACCUCCGAGACUGAGACUGACGAACAAGCUGGACCUGCCACGGAAGACGUAAAGGUGUCCGUGCCAGAGAGCGGCCGUGUGGUCACCUCAGUCAAAGAGGUGGUGUCAUCAGUCAGGGAUACAGCCAGUCAGGGAGUCGAGGGAAAAGUGUUGACCGCCGUUUCUACCGGAAGCGCCUCCGCUGGAGCCGCUGCUACUGCAGCAGGAGCCGGAGCCGCCGGCGAGGAGGCCUACGGGAAAGAGACCAGCCCUUAUGACGGCUAUGAUACGGAUAGUUAUGGGAACUACGAAUCAUACUACGACGAGUCCACGGUCGCGCCCGACGGCACUCGCAGAGUCACCAUCAGCAGCUCGAGCACGGGGACCGGCGCAGGGGUGGAGCUGGACCUGGGGCUGGGGUCAAAGUUUGACCUGGGCACGGGGGCGGAGUUUGAGAAGGUCAUCACCAGUAGUGGAGGAGUCACCAUCACACGCAACAAGACCUCGGCUGGAACAGGCUACGAUGACAACUACGGUGAGGGCUAUGACCUGUCCUAUGGAGAGGGAGAGGGAGAGGAGUACAGCAUCGGUGGCGGUGACCAUGACAGCAGAAUCAGCAGCAGCAGCAGUACUGUCGAAAUCGGUACUGGUGGUGGUGGUGGUGGAUCUGUAUCGGUCGGGGGCGGUUCUGUUUCCGUUGGGGGCGGUUCCGUUUCCGUUGGUGGUGGUUCCACUUCCGUUGGGGGCGGUUCCGUCUCUGUAGGUGGAUCUGCCAGCGCCGGAGGUGGGGCAGCAAGAGCAGGAGCUGGAGCUGGGGAUUCGGUUGCUACGGGAGCCGGGGGCCAGGGUGUGGCUAUUGAGGGAGACUACACUGAUCUGGAGGGUGAUCGGUUCAAAGAGGAGUCCAUCCCUGAGUAUGGGGACGCAGACUAUGGUUAUGGAGACCUGGACUACGGUGGACAGGAGGAGAAGGUGCUGCCAGCCGAGACAGACGAGUACUACGGACAGGUUGAUGGGUCUCGGGGAGAGAAGGGACAGAAGGGAGAACCUGCUAUCAUUGAGCCUGGAAUGCUGGUGGAGGGUCCGCCCGGUCCGGAGGGCCCAACAGGUCUCCCUGGACCCCCAGGUUCCUCCGGCCCCCCAGGCAGCCACGGAGACGCAGGAGAAAGGGGUCCUAAUGGUCGUGCUGGUCUUCCUGGUGCUGAUGGUCUGCCAGGACCUCCAGGGACUGUCCUGAUGCUGCCUUUCCGCUUCAGUUCUGGAGGAGACUCUGGACAGAAGGGACCUCAGGUGUCUGCUCAGGAGGCCCAGAUGCAAGCCAUCAUGCAACAAGCUAGGCUGGCGAUGCGUGGUCCUACUGGCCCUAUGGGUUUGACAGGUAGAUCUGGUCCUCUGGGUUCUCCAGGUGUGGCUGGACUGAAGGGAGAGUCUGGAGAGUCCGGUCCUCAGGGACCUCGUGGACCAUUGGGUUCUCACGGACCCUCUGGGAAGCCCGGCAGAAGGGGACGUGCUGGUUCUGAUGGAGCCAGAGGCAUGCCUGGUCAGACCGGAACCAAGGGAGACAGAGGGUUUGAUGGUCUGGCUGGACUUCCUGGUGAGAAGGGACACAGAGGUGAAUCUGGACCCCAUGGACCUCCCGGACCCACAGGAGAGGAUGGAGAGAGAGGAGACGAUGGAGAGAUCGGGCCACGGGGGCUGCCUGGUGACCCAGGACCUCGUGGGUUGCUGGGACCUAAGGGACCUCAGGGACCUCCCGGAUCCCCUGGUGUAACUGGAAUGGAUGGCCACCCUGGACCCAAAGGAAACAUUGGACCACAAGGAGAACCUGGCCCCAAUGGACAGCAAGGGAACCCUGGUGCUCAGGGACUUCCAGGUCCUCAGGGAGCCAUCGGGUCCCCAGGAGAGAAGGGGCCUACCGGAAAACCAGGACUGUCAGGAAUUCCAGGUGCUGACGGACCCCCAGGUCACCCUGGCAAGGAAGGACCCAACGGAGAGAAAGGACAUUUGGGUCCCGCAGGCCCCCAAGGCCCAAUCGGUUAUCCCGGGCCCCGAGGCGUGAAGGGAGCCGACGGUGUACGAGGCCUGAAAGGAGGAAAGGGUGAAAAGGGAGAAGAUGGAUUCCCUGGCUUCAAGGGAGAUAUGGGAAUCAAGGGUGACAGGGGUGAGCUGGGUCCUGCUGGACCCAGAGGAGAGGACGGACCUGAGGGGCCCAAGGGUCGCUCCGGUCUUCCUGGAGAUGCUGGCCCUCUUGGACCCAACGGUGAAAAGGGCAAACUGGGUGUUCCAGGGUUGCCAGGAUAUCCAGGAAGACCAGGACCAAAGGGAUCUCAGGGAUUCCAAGGUUUCCCCGGAGCCAACGGAGAGAAAGGAACAAGGGGACUUGCAGGGAAGGCUGGCCCAAGAGGACAGAGAGGACCAACGGGGCCUCGUGGAGAGAGGGGACCAAGGGGACCAACAGGAAAAGCUGGACCAAAGGGUACCUCAGGAAGUGAUGGCCCCCCAGGACCUCCCGGUGAGAGGGGUCUUCCAGGGCCUCAAGGACCAACAGGAUUCCCCGGACCAAAGGGCCCACCCGGACCUGCUGGGAAAGAUGGUCUGCCCGGACACCCUGGACAGAGAGGAGAGACUGGUUUCCAAGGCAAGACUGGCCCACCUGGACCCCCAGGAGUGGUUGGACCUCAGGGCCCCACAGGUGAGACUGGACCAAUGGGAGAGCGUGGCCAUCCAGGACCCCCAGGCCCACCCGGUGAGCAGGGUCUCCCUGGAUCUGCUGGUAAAGAGGGAGCUAAGGGUGACCCCGGUCCUGCUGGCCCGGCUGGUAAGGAUGGGCCCCCUGGUCUGAGAGGGUUCCCAGGAGAGAGAGGUCUGCCCGGCCCAGUGGGGGCUCACGGCCUGAAAGGUAGUGAAGGCCCCAACGGCCCACCUGGACCUGCUGGUUCCCCUGGUGAGCGUGGUCCUGCUGGCCCAGCCGGACCCACCGGUCUCCCUGGACGACCAGGACCUCAGGGACCCCCUGGACCCGCUGGAGAGAAGGGUGGACCGGGUGAAAAAGGACCCCAAGGCCCCGCCGGUAGAGAUGGUGUCCAGGGACCUGUUGGUCUGCCUGGCCCAGCUGGACCUCUCGGACCCCCAGGAGAGGAUGGAGACAAGGGAGAGAUUGGAGAGCCAGGUCAGAAGGGAGGCAAAGGAGACAAAGGAGAGCAUGGUCCACCUGGUCCUACUGGUCCCCAAGGCCCGGUUGGAGCGCCUGGUCCUGCUGGAGCUGAUGGAGAGCCCGGUCCCAGAGGUCAGCAGGGUCUGUUUGGCCAGAAGGGAGAUGAAGGAUCCAGAGGGUUCAAUGGACCCCCUGGCCCAGUGGGACUGCAGGGAUUACCAGGUCCAGCCGGCGAGAAAGGAGAAACUGGAGACGUUGGUCAGAUGGGUCCUCCCGGUCCUCCUGGCCCCAGAGGUCCCUCCGGACCCCCAGGAGCUGACGGCCCUCAGGGACCUCCUGGUGGUAUUGGAAACCCUGGAUCUGUUGGAGAGAAGGGUGACUCAGGUGAAAACGGAGAACCUGGUCUUCAGGGAGAACUUGGCGGACCUGGCCCAAGAGGAGAGCGAGGAGAGAAGGGAGAGUCCGGUCCUGCAGGUUCUGCUGGACCCCCCGGCCCUAAAGGUCCCCCUGGAGAUGACGGUCCUAAAGGAAGUCCUGGUCCAAGUGGUUUCCCUGGUGAUCCUGGUCCCCCUGGCGAGAUCGGACAGGCUGGUUUAGACGGUCCUCCUGGUGACAAGGGAGAUGACGGAGAGGCUGGUCAACCUGGUUCUCCUGGACCCACCGGAGAGUCAGGUCCUUCUGGCCCACCAGGAAAGAGAGGCCCCCAUGGUACAACUGGACCCGAGGGCAGGCAAGGAGAGAAGGGAGCCAAGGGAGAGUCUGGUCUGGAGGGCCCACAGGGAAAGACAGGCCCCGUUGGUCCUCAGGGAGCACCUGGCAAGCAAGGUUCUGAAGGUCUCAGAGGUAUCCCCGGCCCAGUUGGGGAACAAGGUCUUCCAGGUUCCUCAGGCCCCGACGGACCCCCUGGACCCAUGGGUCCUCCAGGAUUACCAGGUUUGAAGGGAGACUCUGGCAUUAAGGGAGAAAAGGGCCACCCUGGUCUGAUCGGUCUGAUCGGGCCUCCAGGAGAGCAGGGAGAGAAGGGUGACAGAGGUCUGCCAGGCCCCCAGGGGACAUCAGGACCCAAAGGAGACAAUGGUAUUGCUGGCCCCUCAGGUCCUCUUGGUCCUCUGGGACCUCCAGGAUUACCAGGUCCUCCUGGUCCUAAAGGAGCUAAGGGGUCAUCGGGUCAAACUGGUCCCAAGGGAGAGACUGGUGUUCCUGGACAACCUGGGCCUCCUGGUCCUCCUGGGGAUGUCAUCCACCCGCUGCCCAUGCAGUCGAGCCCCAAGCGGAGCCGCAGGAACAUCGAUGCCAGCCAGAUGAUGGACGAUGCCAAUGCAGAUGCCAACUACAAGGACUACGACGAUGGAAUGGAGGAGAUCUUCGGAUCCCUCAACUCCCUCAAGCUGGAGAUCGAGCAGAUGAAGCACCCACUCGGAACACAGGGCAACCCCGCCCGCACCUGCAAGGACCUGCAGCUCUGCCACCCUGACUUCCCCGACGGUGAAUACUGGAUCGACCCCAACCAGGGUUGCUCGAGGGACUCUUUCAAGGUCCACUGCAACUUCACAGCAGGAGGAGAGAGCUGUAUCUACCCUGAUAAGAAGUCUGAAGGGAGCAAAAUGGCAAAAUGGCCCAAAGACUCCCCAGGCUCUUGGUAUAGUCGCUACAAGCGAGGUUCCCUGCUCUCGUACGUGGACGCUGAGGGCAACCCCAUUGGUGUGGUCCAGAUGACCUUCCUGCGUCUGCUGAGCGCGGCCGCCCGCCAGAACCUCACCUACAACUGCUACCAGUCGGUGGCCUGGCACAACCAGGACGGGGACUCAUACGACAAGGCCAUCCGCUUCCUGGGCUCCAACGACGAGGAGAUGUCCUAUGAUAACAACCCCUACAUCAGAGCCGUGGUGGACGGCUGUGCGUUGAAAAAGGGCUAUGAAAAGACAGUACUGGAGAUCAACACACCAAAGGUGGAACAGGUGCCUUUUGUUGACAUCAUGUUCAAUGAUUUCGGCGGGGCUACGCAGAAGUUUGGAUUCGAAGUGGGUCCUGUCUGUUUCAUCGGCUAAGACUGUUUACUGAACAAAAUGGAGAAAAUAAAAAGCAUAUUUAUUUUCUCAGAAACAAAACACAUGAAUAGGACAAUUUGUAUUUGUGUAAAACAUUCUGUGUCCAAAAGCAACAAGUAUGAAUAAAAUACACAAAAAUCAAGAUGAGAAUACUACAAUACAUUUCUAGAGGAUUCGAUAAGAAUAAUAAAAAAAGAGCAACCUUGUAACCUCAGUGUGCCUUCUCCAUCACAUGCAAGUUUUGAAACUGAAUAAGUCAGAUACUACCGACCCCUAUCUUCACCCAUGACCCCUAUCACUGUUCCCAAACCUCCACACACUCCCAGAGCACUUGAUGUAAAUCCAGUCUGGUUGUCGAACUCACCGGAGGCAAACUUUUACCUGCUACUCCACUGGUUUCAGAAGGUUGCCAUGGACUCCAUCCCAUGUGGCAGUUUUCUUCUUUGUUUUUUUUUAUUGGUUUUUGUUGUUGUUUUUUUGUCUCCCUCUCAAUUCCCUCUUUGAAUAUUUUAUUAAUUAGUUCAUUCGUUCAUUCGUUUGCUCAUUCAUUCAUUUCGGAAGCUUUGUUUUGUGCAUAAUUGUCUCCCCAUUCUUCUGAAUGGAACUUAUAUAUAUAAAUAUAUAUAAAUAUUUUUUGUAUGUUUGUAAGUACUUUCUGUAUAUUUUUCCUGGUAAUGUUUAUUGUUUCUGGCUUCAAAACAUGCAUGUGACCUUUUAAGACGUGAGGUAAAAGAUGAUGGUCAUUGGAAUACAUCAAAUUCGCAGAUACUAAAGUAAGGAAUUGGACAUGUAAAUUGGAGAAUAGAUGAGGAGGGCUUGUCUUGUUGCUGGGUGUGAAGAACACCUUAUUGUAAUUUAAGAACCGAAUGAAAAUAAAAUAUGGAAAUAUUACUCUGCGCUAGUAUGUGAGAGUUGAUUACCAUAACAGAUCAUGUGUCAAGAUACAAAUGACAAACAUUCCUCCUCUUGUGUCCUCUAUUUUGGGUGCAUUUUGAGAUUUUAUUAACUUAAUAAACAACUUUGAUAUUUUUUUCCUUCAAUAGUUCCAUAUUUCUACUCUAUCAAACGAUAUAUGCAGCAGGAGAUGUCACUUUUCAAUGAAACACAAGAAAUCAAUACUUAGGUGCUAUUCUUUCUCCUGUGGUGCUAUUAUAUUUUCAAGUUUGUUGUUAUUUUGUAAGUACAGUAAGCUGAUGGUGGUGAUGUUAACUUGUUACCAUGACUACCCUGUCUGUCCCUGACCCUGACCCUCUUAGCCAUCACCUCUGACACAACAUCUUCGCUACAUUCUUAUUUAUGUCCAGGGGUGUUUUAAUGCAUGCCAGUUUGCUUCAUAUUCAUUCAUAGAUCCAUGCAGUAUUUUAUUUUAUGUAUUUCUCUGCUUCCAAGGCCCACUUAGUAAAAACUAACAGCGUCUGAUCAUACUGCAAAUUACUUGGAAUGUGCUAAUAGAAAUAAGAUUGUACUCAGUUGCCGAAUGUGGUGCUAAUUUAUCAAAUUUUCUUAGAUGUCUUUAAAAAAGAAAGAAAACGGUAGAAGCGAUGCUGCAAUGCUUGCAUAUCAUGGUUCCAAGACAUGGUGCAUUUUGUGAAUGGAUCUCAUGAUUGGUGUUAUGUACAAUGGAUAAUCUUUUUCACUUCGUCAAGCUUUUUACUGCUUUUCUUUUUCGGGGUUGGGGGUGAAGGUGACUGGUUUGGAAUGGGUACGGAGUGUCUCCCCAUUUGAGUAUUCCAAAGCACAUGGCCGAGGAACAGUUUGGAGUUUUGGUACCAGAAACCAUUAACUUUCUUACCAAAGGCUUUUUUUUUAUAUAGCUUUAAGUUCCUAGAGGGCCAAGAAUCCACUACGUAUUUUGAAAUCCACUAUUUGAAAAUGUGGUAGAAUUGUCUAAUGAUGAUUAAAAUCAGAUGUGUCAUGUACAAGUCAAAAAUAUAUUUUCAAACAUAUAUUUAAAAAAAUAAAAAUGACAAAUUUAGAUUUUUUUUUUUAAGUGAACGAUAUCUAAUAGUCCAUCAGAUUAACCCGCUUAAAGGUAGAAAAGCCAGAUGCAAAGCUUGUUUUUGUAUUGUUGUUUGGGGUCUUCUGAUGUAACUGUUGUUUUACUUUCUUAAGCGCUAGUUAUACCCUUGUACAAACUAUGCACUCUGCCUGCUUUUGACCACUACAGCAUCUGCCACAGAAAGUUUUACUGUCCUGCAUAAGUAGCUUGUUUUUUGUUAUGUUUUUUGUUUUUACCUUCUAGAUAUGUGACUUGAACCAUUUACGUUAAGAUACACUUAUUGAUCAUCAAUUUUUAAUGUUCAUUUCGAUGAAGCACUCCAAAUUUAACAUGUUUGCUUUCAAUAAAAGGACAAAACAUUUUUGUACAUUUUCAGAACCAGCAGUAAUGCUGCCAAUAAAGUUUUUUGUUUUGUUUUGUUUUGUUUUUUGUUUUUUUAUUGUUUUACGUUUGUCUGUUCGUUAGUUUUUAUGGUCUUGUCUGUGUAAGAGAGGAUAGAAGAUAUAUUGGUUUUUAUGUCAAUAAAUUCAAGUUUACUGUGGCCACCCACUCUUGUAUGUCUUUUGAAGCAUUAAAACCUAUCUGUAUGCAUGAAAUUGUAAAGUUUUUUUCUCUUGUUUUUAUACUUUACAAUGACAUGAUCUCCAACCCACUUUUUAUUAUUAAAAUAGGUAGAAUGCUACAUUUCAUAUGCUAAAAUUGAAAACGGUCAUGUCCAUAAUUGUGAAGUGGAGAGAGAAUGGUGAUGUUGUAACUCUCUACCCACAGCCAAUUGUCAUUUGUAGUAUAUUUAUUGUAUUAUUUAAAAAUAAAUGUAAAUUGACACCA